AUGCUCCGGCUCGGCGGCAGGAUGUGCGGCUUCUCGGCCCUGCUCUCGGUGCUCCUCGCUGGGCUCGCGGCGGCGGCGGCGGUGGCGGCGUCCUCGGAUCUGUUUGACAACCAACUGGGCGACAUCAAUUACUGCAAGAAGCAAUGCCAGCUCACCAUCAAAAACAAAAGCCCCGCUAAAGACUCCAUAAUGAACGCCUGUCACCGUGGCUGUCGCCUCUACUCCAUCUGCCAGUUUGUCAACGGCAACGCCGGCUUUAAUACCAGCAGGGAGGAGUGUCAGGGAGCCUGUCAGGAGGCCUAUAUUAAGCUGCUGGAGCAGGAGGCCUGCUGCACCGGCUGUGCCAGCCAACCUUCUGAACCUGAGAUCAAGAGGAGGAAGCUGAGGGCCAUGACUCUCCGCCCGAAGCCUCCGUCUGUCAUGGAGGCCGUGUCCAGUUGGUGCAACGACAUCGUCAGCUCUGCUCAGAGCUUCAUCUCCUCCACCUGGACCUUCUACCUGCAGGCUGAUGACGGCAAAGUUGUGGUUUUCCAGAGCCAGCCAGAGAUGGAGUACACUCUGCCCGAGCUGCAGGCUCCCCGGUCCAACGUGGCCGACAAACCCUGGCCUCAGGUCCACUCUCACACCCAGAGACCUCACGGUGUGAGGGGACACGGAGAGAAGGGAGCAGCUAAAGCAGCAGGUAAAGGGAAGCAUCCAGUCCAGCACACGGAGGACCCAACAGCUGAGCACGACUUCCUGGGAUGCAUGUCCAGACGUUCGGGACUUCCGCGCUGGAUUUUAGCUGCUUGUCUCUUCCUGUCCAUCAUGGUCAUGUUGUGGCUCAGCUGUGCCAGCCUCGUCACCGCACCGGAGCAGCACAUCAAGACGCAGCUGAGCAUCAACGGAGAUAAAGAGUUUCUGGACAACGCCCAAAAAGUCAACCCGUACCACCUGAGUCCGGUGAUCGCCGUCACCGUGAAACAGUCGGAGGAGAUCCAGGAGGCCGGGCCGCUGCCGGUGAAAGUCGACCUCAACAAAACGUGCGUUUAGGGAGGAGCGGUGGUCGAGCCGCUGUCUUGUUUUUUUUCCUGGUUAACUAAGUCUAAACUCUGCGGCCCGACGGCGACAAGGGGUGAAAACAAACACAUCACGCCACUCAGUCAGCAGAAUUUUUAACAAGCAUAUUCUUAAGAGCAUGGCACCCUCAUUCCAAAAAUGAUCCGAGACAUUUAGCUUGUGUCAAUCAAACGUUUUGGGUUUUUUUCCAGUUAGCUACAUGCAUUUCAUCUACU